AAGACCAGCUCCUCCAGAUUUUGAAGCAAAAGAGAAAGAAAUGGAAUCAAUCCUUUAAUUUAUAGAAUAUGUAUUUUUAGGUUAAGGCAAAUUUAAAUAUGUGUAAAAUUAACCAAAAAUGACAAUUGCCGAUUUAAGGUAUCUAAAUUAUUUUUAUUUUAGUUUAAUAUUUGAUAUCUAAAUGCUUUUUGGUUUCAAUUAUUCAUUUGAUAAAUUCCCAGGAUUAAAGAAUUACGUAUAACACAUGUCUUAAUUACCUUAAAUUAAGUAGGUCAAUCAACCAUUCUAUGGUAUGAUUAAAAAUGCUCCAUUGAAUGACUUCAUCAAAGGAUUGAUAUAAUGAUCUAUUUUUAAAUCAAAC